AUGGAACCAAAAAAAAAAAGCAAGGGUGGUAAGGGACUCGGUAAAGGAGGUGCUAAGCGUCACCGCAAGGUGCUUCGCGAUAAUAUCCAGGGGAUCACCAAGCCGGCUAUUCGUCGUUUGGCUCGCCGCGGCGGUGUAAAGCGUAUUUCUGGUCUGAUCUAUGAAGAGACUCGCGGUGUGCUGAAGGUGUUCCUGGAGAACGUGAUCCGCGAUGCUGUCACCUACACCGAGCAUGCCAAGAGAAAGACCGUGACUGCUAUGGAUGUGGUGUACGCCUUGAAACGCCAAGGACGCACCCUGUACGGCUUCGGCGGAUAAACGCUCUAACACCGAACGAUGCGAACACAACGGCUCUUUUAAGAGCCACCCAUAUGUCUAGAAAAAGAACUAUUCCGUGUGUGUUUAAAAAAAAUAAAAUAAAAUAAACCCAAAGCCUCAAAGGCUAUAUAGAAGUAGCAUAAGUGGUAGAUAAGAAUUUCUAUCUGUUUACGUAAAAAGAGGCAAUCUAUUUGUAUUUUUUGUAAUUAACUAUAUAUAUGUUAUAUAUGCACAGUAUUAAAUAUUAUGUGUUCGUUUAAAACGACUUGGAAGACGGUUUUAGUAGAAACUUUUAUAUUUCUCUUUCAUACACACUCACUCACAAACAGAUAGCCUAUAAUUGGUUUAAGAAAGUUAUAAUACUUAUACAUUUAGGAUCUAUAUAUAGCUCUCUC